ACUGCAACCACCUACCUAUAUCAUAUGAUGAUAAUCCACACGAACUGAACUCCACACUGCGUAGCCCUGGUCCAGUUGUAACGGAUACCUUAUUAGUUAGUUUGGUCCUUUUCUCAGAUCUUUUCUCGGUUUUUCUUUCUCUUCAUGACCCGGCUAACUACCUUACCUCAACAUCCGUGCUCCCGCUCUUGUGUCGCCUCUUCUCUCUUCUUCUAUCCUCGUUCGUUCAAUGUACACGCUUCGCUUUGCUUUUCCUCUCCUUCCCCUCUCGCACUCCUUUUGUUCUUUCUGCAACCCGAGGCUCUCUAACUCUCCUUUGUUUUCUUAGCAGGCGUUGCCGCACUCUCUCUAGGUACUCACACACCCAACCGAUUCAUCGACGCGAUUGCCUCCCGCCGUACUCAACUAUUUGUCCGAUCACCACCCAACUCAGUACCUAUUUGGCCUUGUGUCCCACUGGUACAAGGUGUUACCUACUUAGCGCAGUCCUUAUUCGGUCCCCUUAAUUCAUCCGGUCGCAUACGGUCCUCAUCGAUACCUUCUCGCCCUCCUCCCUGGGCCACUUUCGAUCCGCAACCAACGGCGCGCACGGCAUUUGUCCUUUCUUCAACACUUUAUUCAUCAUUUCGACGGAUGCUCAAGGCUCCAUUUCACUACCGGAGCCGCAAUGGCUGGUAGAGACGAUCGAUACGGUCGCCGACCAGCCGGUAGCUCCCCCUCAGAGUUAUUCCCCGACCGCCUCUCAAGCCGCCGAGAUGAAUCGUCUCAUUCCAGAGAUGCAGACUAUGAUCGGGGGAGGAGCGGUGGGAAGGGGGAAGCAUUGCCUUACAGUAAAUAUAGCAAACCACCCCCGGAAAGAUCUUAUUCCAGGAGGUCAACGAAUGCUAGUGAUCGCGGUUCAAUAUCGACCGCUACAGCCGAGCCACGCGCCACGAGACUCGAAGGCCUGCCACAUGUAAUAGACCUGCUCGGCCAUGCAGCCUAUCUACGCAUGCAGCACAACCAAGCUGAUAGCAAGCUUAAGAAAAUAUUGCAUGACUGGAAAAGGUCGACUACUAAAAAUUCUGAUUAUCCGUCUGUUGACGAGUUGCAACGUCAGACUACCCAAAAAUGCGAGACCGAAAAGAACCAUUUUAAGCAAAAACUCAAAGAGUUGCACCCAAUGCUUUAUGAUACUUUCGAUUCAUUGUUGAAGCAAUACGUGCAAGAUCAGGUUUCCAUAGGAUCCAACACCCAAGAAGGAGCAAUCUCUUCUCCGACAAAGUUCCAGAACUCCCCAUCAGAGCUGCAACAAUCACUGGAACCCCACCAGCCAACGAAGGCGUGGAUGGAAGAUUACUUACAGACUGAGCUGAACAGGUUUAAAAACUCUUUAGCAGUCGCUCAGGGGCCAGAUAAUAGCGAGAUCCAGAAACUGGUCGACAGCCUUGAGUUCGAGAAGAAGAAAACCCAACUUCUGGAAAAUAAAGUCGAAGAAGGCCGACAGCAACACCAAUUAUUGGAGGAGAAGCUCAGCCGGCUCGAGCAGAAGCUCGAUGGCGUCAGCACCACAACGGAAGAAAGGAUAGCCGCCAACAAAGGCCAGCCUGCUACCCCUACAACGUCUUCUGAGCAUAACCAGCUCAAGACAACAGUUGAAAUGCAGGGACGCACCAUAAACUUUAUCAGAAGUCAGUCUGAUCCGGCAAAGAUACAGAAGCUCCAGCAAGACACAGAAAACCUUGCAGACAGGCUUGCGAAAGGCAUUAAGGCUGUCAAGUCGCUCCAUGAGCAGAAUUCUGCUCUCAUUGAAAAGCAGGGAGAAAAGCAUAAAUCCUUAGAACACGACAUAUCAUCCUUACAAACUGCCUCUCGGAAUCAGGAUGUCAAGCAAAAAUCCCUAGCAAAGGACAUAACAUUGCUGCGAAGCACAUCUGAUAACCAGGGCGCAAAGCAAGCUUCUUUAGAAAAGGAAAUGCUGUCCUUGCAAAAAACCUCUGAAAGUCAAGGGGCAAAACAAAUGUCCUUUGAAAAAGAUAUUUCGCUUUUACAAUGCACAUGUCAAAGCCAGGGAGAACAGCAAAAGACCAUAGAUGGUGUCGUUUCUGGCAUAAAAUCAGCUGUAGAGAGUCUCUCACAAAAAGGGGAAUCUUUAGCUGAAGCUAUCACUUCUCUGCGAUCAUCCGUGGAACAAAUACAAGAGACCCAGGGGUCUCAGGAGGCGCGCCUGUCGACGCUUACCUCUCUAAAGCCUCUGACCAAGCAAGUUAAAGAACAGCAAAAGAAGGCCAACAUUCUGCAGCAGAGCGUCGACACUCUACAGGCCAGUGCCGCCGACUGGUCAUUGCAAGACUUCCAAGACCUCAAGGCAAAAGUCCAGGGGUACCCGCCUGCAGGUGAAAUUCGACAGCUUCUUGUUGAAUUCCCCUCUCUUGUGGACACCAAGCGGCUGCUUGCCAAAUACCCGCCUCAUGGUGAUCUCGAGCGGUUACUUAAAGAAAUGCCCCCUCCUGGUGACAUAAAGCGUCUCCUGGGUGAAAGUCCAUCUCCUGCGGAUAUAAAACGCCGUCUUGAAGAACUACCACCGAGUGGGGAGCUUAACCAACUAGUUAGAGAUUUACCAAAGUUAAGGGAAUUCAUGUCGGAAGUCACUGCACGGUCUUCCAAACACUCUACGCCCACACCUACUCCUGCAUUCAUGACGAAGGACAUGACGUUGCAACUGAUCACUCCCAAGAUGGAUAGACUGGAAGAUGCAUUAAAACGUCGUUGUACGGAGAUGAUCCAGAUAUCCUCUGGGUUAGUUGCCGAGACUGUUGACCAGGCAAAUGCCCGUACAUUGAAGUCAGAGGAAGCUAUCCAGGCACUUGAUGGACGUGUUACAGGUUUGAAACGAAGCGUGAAUGAGAACAAGAAGGAAUUCGAUGCGCAUGUCACAACGUCGAGGCGAAAUACGGAUGAAACAAAGAAGUUGGGCCACCAAAUCAAAGAGUUGGAGCGGUCCGUCGGCGAAGACAAAAUAGAAAUGUAUGAGAUGGAACACGACACAGCAAAACGCCUUGAGGAAGAGAGCACUGAACUUAAGUCAUUGAAGGGUAUGGUUGCUGUGAUGACCCAGGAUGUUGAAAAAGUGCGCAAGGACUCGAGGACUGGGAUCGAUGAUAUCCAGUUCCAGCUGGUCCAGAUGACAGACUGGGCGAAGAACUUCAGCUCCAAGCAAUGGCAUGACAGUGUCGCUCAACAAAUCGCUGCUUACGUGCCAGCUCAGUUUGCGAGACAAUUGGAUAGCCUGGCUACCAGGGUCAGCCAUCUUGAGACCCGAAGUCACGAUUCGCCAGAGGUCUCGAGCAAGAGACGCAAAGGAGCUAAUGGUAGCCCUCUGGUUGUUAACGGCCACCAUUGAGCAAAGACUUGGCUUAGAGGUGUUGUAUGGAACAUGUUGGUCAGUUGAACACUUUUGUCUGUAUAACUGAUUUCUCGUACGGGCUGGGCCUUGAUUAGAGAAACAGGGUGUUACUUUUGGCAUCAAUUGAAAUAGGUGGAGGAGAGAGGCAGCGGUGGCAAGGCAGCAUUAUACCCUUACGGAUCCGGCGUUUUAUGCAUUGUUGUCAGGACAAAAUAUACCCAUGAUUUCACUUAUAGUUUAAUAUCGGCUUUUGUGAACCUCAAUGUCGCUCGCUAUGUUAACAGGUAUAUCUUGAAAUUGAAUCUAUAUAUUAAGAUAAGUACCUACUAUAUACAUUUUAUAGAUAAAGUAUAC